UGAGCGACAGGAAGGGGCCCCGGAGGAGAGGCCAUCGACGCCUUUGGUCUUUGAUAAAACGCUGCAGAUAGUUUGAGACCCUUUCUUUUUUGCAGAUUUUAUAGGAAAGUUAUGGACAAGAUAGAAAAAUCCGAAAUGGAAGAAGAGAAGAAAGAAGCGGAAGAGGACGAGGAUCGCGGGACGUGGGGGAACCAGUGCGAGUUCUUCCUGUCGUGCCUGGGCUACGCCGUCGGCUUCGGCAACGUGUGGAGGUUCCCUUACCUCUGCUACAAGAACGGCGGCGCGGCCUUCCUCAUCCCAUACGUUAUCAUGCUGCUGUGUGCCGGCCUUCCCUUGUUCUUCAUGGAGCUCGCCCUCGGACAGUACGCCAGUCUGGGACCCAAUAUUAUCUUUCCAAAACUGGCGCCCAUCUUUUAUGGCCUUGGGUGGGGCAUGGUGCUGGUGUCGGUGCUGGU